GAGCUUAAAUAAUUGAGUGACACUGACGUCUGUUUGAUGGGAUAAAGAAGAAAGAAGUUUUAUAAAGUUUUUAUUUAUAUCUAUUUAAUUGUAUUUAUUACUCAAUAGGAAAUAAUUUUCUAAGUAUUAGUCUUAAAAUCAAACUUUUUACUAUAUUUUUGUUAUUAGUAAGAAUAACAAGAUGGAGGAUGAUGGGAGUGUAGUAACCGGUAACAACGACAAUUGUUGUCAAACCGUAAAUGCAAAGUGGCUUUGUCUCGAAGAUAUUUAUCAAAAGUUUCAUAGACCUAACUUCUACGAUAUUGGUUGCACCUAUAUUGCAGAUGUUCCUGACCAUAGGUACACGUAUAUGACAAGUCAAGUUGGUAAUAUUUUCCUUUUACAACUGUUUGUCUCAAGCCCCCAAGAAGGUUCAAUAAAUGUCACUGUAAGCAAUAGUAAUGAAAUGACCUUUGAUAAGAAGACUGGCGCUGUAUAUCUUGAUAAAAGUAUGAAGAAUUUUCGAGUACUUAGAGUAGGAGAGCGGGAAGCAAGCACUGGAUUUGUUACAACUUAUAGUUUCAGCGAUCUCGAUGUUGAGUGUUUAAAAGAUAAGACAUUAUAUAUAGCUAUAACAUUUAAAAAUUCUCAAAGUACAGAGAUAAAUUCCAGUACCAUGGAUUUUAUUGAUUUGUUAAAUGAUCCAGUAGGUGCUGAUUUCACAAUAGAAUCAUUGGAUGGGGAAAAGUUUUCAGUCCAUAAACUUCUUUUAGCUGGACAAAGUGAAGUAUUUAAAGCUAUGCUCAAAGAGGAGACUGCAGAGUCUCAGAAUAGUUAUGUAAAACUUGUUGAUGUUGGUAAAGAGGAUCUUCAAUGCAUUUUAGAGUUUAUUUACUCAGGAACAGUGAAAGAUUUAGAAAGCAAGAAUUGUUACAAUCUACUUAUGUUGGCUGAUAGAUUCAAUUUAAAUGGUCUUAAAGAAAUAACUCAGCAUGCAUUAUGUUAUCAAUUAACUCAUGACAGUGCACUGGAAAUUCUUGUAUUAUCUGAUAUGUAUAAUGCCAACUAUCUUAAAAGAGAGGCGUUAAAAUUUAUUAAGAAGUAUAAUUCCAUCUUAGACAGCUCUUUCUUUGAUGAGAUUAAAAAUGUGGACCUAGUCAGAGAAUUAUGUAGAUUUCUUGCUGCAUGAACGUCAGAAAUUGCAAAUUUGGUUGAACAUUAAAUUAUAAACAGGUGCUAUUUUAUAAAAAUAAUAAAAAA